AUGUCUGGGGCAUCUACGCCGCUGAAAGCUGAGGAUGAGCGUUCUCAAAAUGCCUUUGAGGAAGAUCUUCGGCGUCACUUGGUAGACAUCGCUUAUUUGUUUGGCAGGGUGGAAGACCCACAGGAACUCCGAGCUGCUUUACCACUCCGCGCUGCCAUCGCUGCCUCCUUUCUGCAGUCUUUGUCGGAAUGCACGACUCCCUUGGACAACAGCGUCGUUUCAACUGAAGUGGCGAGCGUCCCGGAGCAAGCGCGGGAGGACUCGGGGGAAGCUGACUGUCGGCGGAAAUUUGCCUUUUUCCUUGCCGAAUGGAUUUCUUGGGAUUCACAGCGCCAAGAUAUUUCAGAAGUACACAUCGUACAACCAAACAACGGAGACAGGGCAGAGGGCGGGAACAACGCCGAGACUGCCCAAGUUGUUGCCACCGCCAGGGCUGCCGCACAGUCUCUCCUUCCUAACCUCUGCUGUUCAUCAUUCGUUGGCUACGCCGUUGGGUUUUGGCCUUUCGUGAGGACGAAGGUGGAAGAGUUGCAGAAAUCAUGGCAGUGGCAUAAAACAGCAUCGGCUACUCCGGCUGCUGAAGCCGGAGUAUCUACUAUAGACAUAUCCGGUGGUGCUAUGUCAUUCUUACUGGAGCUCAGCCGACACCUAAUAGCGGUUUCACGGAGCCUAAAGUGA